AUGGCUACCUUCGACCCUGAUAGAUGGCUUGCUCAGCUCAUGGAAUGCCAACACCUACCCGAAGCCGAUAUGAAGGUCCUCUGCGACCGCGUGCGCUCCAUCCUCCUCGAGGAGUCCAACAUCCAGCCUGUGUCAAGUCCGGUCACCAUCUGCGGCGACAUACAUGGCCAGUUCUGGGACCUACUCGAGCUCCUGAGGAAAGGGGGCAUGGUCCCGGAGACGAGCUACAUUUUCAUGGCACACUUUGGACAGGGUGACUUUGUCGACCGCGGACACUACAGCCUGGAGACGGUCUCGCUAUUACUGGUGCUGAAGGCAAAAUACCCGGACAAGGUCACGCUGCUGCGGGGAAACCAUGAGAGUAGACAGAUCACGCAGGUGUACGGUUUCUACGAUGAAUGCCAACAGAAGUACGGCUCGGCGCUGGUGUGGAAGGCGUGUUGUAGCGUGUUCGACUAUCUCAACUUGGCUGCGAUCAUCGAUGGGGAGACACUAUGUGUACACGGAGGUCUAUCCCCGGACAUCCGUACAUUAGACCAAAUCCGAGUGCUUUCAAGAGCGCAAGAGAUCCCGCACGAGGGAGCAUUCUGCGACCUCAUGUGGUCAGAUCCAGACGAAGUGGACAAUUGGGCGGUCAGUCCACGCGGAGCAGGCUGGCUCUUCGGCGGGAGCGUAACGCGGGAGUUUAAUCACGUCAACUCACUACGGCUCAUCGCACGCGCACAUCAACUGGUACAAGAAGGGUACAAAUACAUGUUCGACGAGCAGCUCGUUACCGUUUGGUCUGCGCCAAAUUACUGCUACCGAUGCGGGAAUAUGGCUUCGAUCCUCACGAUUCGACCAGACGGGGAGCGAUCAUUCACCGUGUAUGACGCUGCGCCUGAAAAUGAGCGAGACAAGGGUAUGCUGCGGACAAGGAAGAUGGGAAACAUGCCGUACUUUGUAUAG